AUGCUACCCAAAGCUCGUGUUGUGUACUGUAGUGCAACUGGUGUGACAGAUGUAAAAAAUAUGGUGGGUGUAGAGUGAUGAAUUAAUUUUAUAUAAUUGACAAUAACGUGAUUUUGACUGAGUAUCAGGAAACAGCUUGUUACUAUUAAAUGGUAUCCAACUUUGCUUUGCUAAUUUUUCGCAAACAAUGCACUAAGUAAAGGUUGGCAUGUACCUUUAAAAACUAUGCUGUACGCAGUCAGCAUCUUAUAAGAUACCACUGUACAAAGUUAAAACUUUAAAGUGAAACUUGAUCUUGUGACUUGAUUUUGUACCUGGGAACAAAGAUUUUUUAAGGUGAAAUACCAUCGGUUGCAUCUAAGCGUUGACACGAGACAAAAAAAAACAUGUUCUAAUAGAGUGCCAGACAUGACGUGUUUUGCCGCCAAACAUUUGCCAAAGCCUUUAAGUCAAAGGCAGAGGUAAGUUUGUAGCCAACUGGAACAUGUUUUUUCCUCAGGUGUACACGCUUAGAUGCAGCCGACGUUAAUUAUGAUCGCCGGGAUGAGUGUACUGAACAGGACUGUUGUUGACAGUGAUUGACGUUUUGACAGGUCUUCAGGCCCUAUCCACAUGUAUCGGGAUAGUUUUGAAAACGGAGACUUUUUUCUCCAUUCUUGCCUCCAUCCACACAUAAACGGCCUUUUCAAAAACAGACCCAGAGUGGAGAUUAAUUUUUUUAAAACGGCGGCUUCUCGUUUAAUGUGGGCUGUCGAAAACGGAGAUUUGUGAACACGAUUGUCAUGCACCAUAUACUACUAGCGUUACGCAUGCUCUGUAAGAGCUGCUAUCGUCUUUCCAUCGUUUUAGGGUUUUCAUGUGGACAGGCAAAAACGAUUCAAACACGAUUCAUGUAGACGCCUAUUUUUUUUUUCAAAAUCGAGAAAAAAAUCCCCAUUUUCGAAAAUAUCCGGAUAGGUGUGGACAGGGUGUCAGGGUCAAAGUCAGUUGUAUCACCUCAGUUGAUGGUAUUAAACUCCGGUUCAAGGUACAUGAUUUCUAGGUACUCAGUAGAAGAGCACAAAGACUCUUGUUGCGUGAAGUUUUUAAACCCUACAAUAAUUGCUGAGAGAUUAUUACAGCAACCAUGUCUAGAAGCCUUAGGUUUCUGACAAUGGUCCCCUUCAGUCCAACGGUCGAUCAAUACAGUACACUGAUACAGUGAUUUGAUUAUUUCCAGGCAUUUAUGGAGAGACUUGGUUUAUGGGGAGAUGGAACAGCAUUUAAAUCGUUUGAUUCUUUUCUAGCCAGCAUAACUAAGAGAGGUCUUGGUAAGUGGCAAAGUUUUCAGCCUAGACUACGAGCAUUCUCUCUUUUUUCCAAGUCCGUCGAGAAAAACGCGCGAGACACGCAAAUGACCACGCGCAACGCUCUCUCGCGCGCGUACACUCCCCUCACUAAACUGAAGAAAAAGAGAGACUGCUUGCAGUCUAUUUUCAGCCCCAAUGAUCCACAUACAAAUUCUCCCGACUGAUCCCCCUACCUUUCCUUAAAGAAUUAGUUGAGAGAUUUUAGUGAUUAUUUUAUGAAUUCUCUAAACUUUUUCUUGUAAUGAUGUAUGGAUAUGUUUAGGAGAAAAUUAAUGUUAAUCACGUUUGGUACUCAAUGGGAUAAAGGGGUUAUAUCAAGAUGACUUCCAUAUUCUUGUCAAAGUUGAGCUGAAAUUGUAACUAAGUAUUCUCAGUCACCUUUUUCCAUACUUGGAACUCUAAAAAGAAAGCUAUCAAAUGAUUCGAUCUAAGCCAAAGGGAAGUAAUGCAUGUUCGUUUCUGGUCACUUUUCCAAGAACUCCUACCUGCCGUACAAUGCUUAGCUGUGAUAAGAGCGUUAAAGAUCUUAAGGUGCAGCGCUUCCUUGUACCUGCUCUGGCAAAUUACUCGAAACCUUAACCUAAAAUAUGGGUAGACCGCCUGUACUAUAACCGUGGAGAGACGGCUAGCUAGGCUAGUGGCUAGAACGGUGAUGCGCCGUGACGAUGCUAUUACCACGUCUCGGAAAUCAUGGUCACCUUUUAUAUAGCCUGUCCCAGGCUUUGAAAUAGUGGAGUGUGGUCUGAAGUUAGAGAACGGGAAAAAAAUAAUAAUAAUAAGGAGAAAGAGGGAGAGAGAGGAAGGAAUUUCGCCCUCACUCCCUAACCCACCCCUUGCUGUUUUUUCUGCACACAUCUCCUUGCGUCGUCCUCACAAUCUGAACUCCUGGAACAGGAGCUUACACUUCUCCAUCGGCAGAAACGAUGUAUCUCAAGGUCACUAAUAUUUAAAAUCUUUCCAGGUGCUUCUGAAAUGUUAGCUAUCGAAAUGAAGGCAUCAGGGAUGUACGUUUCUAGAGGUCUUAGUUUCAGACAGGCUGAGGUAAUGCAUAAUUUCAGAAAUGGCAUCGUAAUUUUCUGUUGUAGGCAGAAGUUUUUCUAUCAUACUGAAAUAUAAGGCUUUUUUGCAACGCUUAUUACUUCACUUCUCUUCCUCUUUUGUUACGAAGAUUUGAUAAUGCUUUUUUGUCGCGUUUCUGCAGUUUGUUAAUGUUGAGGCGACACUGACUGCGGAACAGAGAAAGGUUUAUGACACUGCAGUUCACGUUUGGUACGUAUGGCAAUGUAAAAAGGUUAAAUCUUUGUAUUAACUGCUUUAAGUAGACCACAACUUAAGAUGGAAUCAUUCAGUGGUUUCUUGUACCAGGGCUCUGGGAUUAACUUAUGUGAUUUCGUAGAAAUUGCACUCAAAACUUGUGCGUUUGUUUGAGUCAAAGCAAAAGCAAAACAACAAUCACAGUCGGUAUUCUAAGAAUUAACGGUUGUGUGUAUCUUUCACAAUCAUAGUGUGAAUAUGUUUCAGCUUUUUUCCUUUUCUCUUUAAAGGAGCGAGUUAAAGAAGUCAUUAGAAUUUGCCAUUGGUCGCACCACCUCUUCUACACCAAGGGUGUGGUCAGUCUUUUGGUCCUGUCAUCAGCGGUUCUUCAAACAGCUCUGGUGAGUAUUUUAUCCCGUCUCUGGUCCUGUAGGGGCGGAUAUUACAACAAAGCUUAAACGUUAUUUAACAGAAAGCGUUCUAACGCUCAUACCUUGUCAUCGUUUGCUGUUCACAUCAACAAGAAGGCGAGAGCCUAAACUAGAAAACCAUUUAUCUACUUAAAAUCAAUAUCCUACAAACUAAUAAGGAGGCGCUCUGAUUUUUAGACCUCGUUUAAGUAGUCGACCUUAAGUUUCACCUUAACAUUUUUGCCUUAUUUCCAGUAAUGUUAUCCUUGAUGCUAGUUCAUGGGCCUAUUUAAAGCUAUACGUAAGACUAAAUCGGUAUCGUCUCCAAUGGUACUGUGGGACUGUUUGCAGACGCUAUGGCCUUUUUAUAGGAUAUUACGAGGUUGCGAGGGAAACUGGGUCAAACUACGUCCCCCAAAACAGUCCCAUAGUGCAGUUCGAUUCGACACAACACCGACCCAGACUCCUGCCCAACCUCAAAACUCUGUGUCCUAGCGAAGUUAAGAAACCUAACAAAAAGAAAACGAAUUUCAUUUGUAUGAGAAUAAAAAAAAAAAUCAUUUUCAUAUCAAUGGCUUCGCACUUAGCCUCGCUUUAAAACAGAGGCUUGGAGAAACUCGGUAAUGGCUACAUUCGUGGGCCGCUUGGGAGCUCUUGGAAUAGCUUACAGGAUUGAGUGAGAAAUUAAUGAACAAGCGACGGAAACAAACCCUAACCCUGAAAUAGUAGAGCGAAUGAAAUAAUAGUUUUUGAAGGGCUUCUUGACAGUGGCAAUGUAAGGUAAUCCAAGACAGUCUUUGAUUCUGGAUUGCACGCUGUGGAUUCCGGAUUCGUUAUGACUGGAACCUGGAUUUCGAAUUUCCAAUCGUUAGCGGGAUUAUGGAUUCAAAAGUCCAGGAUUCCACUUAUCACACGAAAAUAUUUCCUUGAUUCCGGAAUCCGAAUUACCUGAUCCUGAGCGGAUCAUUAUACGUUUCUGGAAACUGCCCACUACCCCUCCCUUAAGCUAACAUUUUGCCCUAAGUGAGAAGUAAGUGUUGAUGUUGGCUCAGGGGAGGGGUAGGUGGGCAGUUUCCCAGAAACGUAUAAUAAUCACAUGGGGCAAUUUUGCCAGUAUCAUGUUCCACUUUAAGCGCCAGCAGGCAUUUUUACUUUGUAACCUUGGUUAUAUUGGGUCUGAUAACAGAUAAGAUGUAUAUGAAUAUUUUACAGCAUGAGUAUGAAAGUUCCUACCAUAGUGGAAGAAGCCCAGCAAGCAUUGCAGGCAGGAUAUUGUGUGGUCAUUGGUCUCCAGUCCACUGGAGAGGUUUGUUUUCUCUUUCUCUCCAAUUUUUAUUCGUACCCACUCCAAACGGGUUACAGUUUCUGAUAACAUAAAAAUUUAUUUAUUUCAAGGUCAGCCAGUGUUUAAAAAGUAAUGUUUGAGACACUGAGAACUUCUUGCAAAGUUAGUAGAAAGUACGUACCAAAUAAUUGUUCGCCCCUCACAUUGUAUAGAGAGUUUCACAUAACAUUGUAGGUUCUAUUAGUGGAUGCACUUGAUGCAAAGUUAUCGCUGCAAGUAUUUUAUGAUCCUUACGGUCUACUCAGUAUUUGUCUGACAAAACAAAAAAAAUGGUUGGGUUCUUUCGAGAACGCGCAAUUCGUCUAUAAAGAAGACCUGCAAAUUGCUGGAUUUGGCCGCUGGAUGUAUGAUGGCCAUCGUAUUUUCCCUGCAAUAAUGUUAUUUCGUUGGUCCAGCAAUUCACCUGUCAAGGCGGAUUUUGUUCAUCUGGAAAGUGAUAGGCUACAGCAAGACUAUCAAUUUUGUCCAGAAGGCAUGAUCGACCACAGGUCACUAGAUUUCGUAGGUCAUGGGCCUUUUUUGAUAAUUUUACUCAGGUAUUGUUUAAUGACCGACGGUUAUUUACUUACUACUUAUAAACCGAAAGUGAGGUCGUUACAGGGAAGUCUCAGACCAAGGUCUUGAUUUAUUGACCGAGCGAUAGCACAACAGAACCAUUUUUAGAAUACUUUUUUCAACUUAGAUAUAUGUCCCUUCGAAUUCAACUCCAGAAAAAUUCACCAACAUUUGACAAAUUCAACGACAUGGAAUAACAGCGAGGAAUUUUGAAACGGCAUGAAUUCACUUUUUAGGAGACAUUUUCAUUACUGUCGUUGUCGUCGUUGCUUAAACUCCGCAAUGAUCGUGAGAAAGUAGUUGCUUGAAUACAGUUUGGCUUAAGUCAUUGUUUUAUUUGUCAGGCAAGUUUGGAAAGUAAAAUAUCACGUUGUGGUGGAGUACUGAAUGGCUUUGUCUCAAGUACAGAAGAAAUCAUCAGCAGGUUUAUCACGCAGUAUUUUCCAACUCAGAUAAUCAAAUCGGUGAGUAAUUCUGAACAACCCUUCUUAGCUUGUGAGAUUUAACUCACGCGAGUGCUUAAUUUCACGAGCGCUUUUGUUCUGGCUUUGAAGAUCAGAGAUGACUUGAGGAUAAGUCAAGCUGACACCUCUCUUUCAGGUCCGUUCACUAAGAUUUUAAGUUGCCGGGCAUAAUUUUUAUGCAAAGUUUCGACGGAAAGUUUUACAGCUGGGAAGUUCUUUAUGUUCAUUUUUCCUUCUAUUUCCUAUGUAAGUAGCUGGGGGCCCUACUCAAAGUUUCCAGAGGAAAUUCUCCGUCCCGGACCCCUUAAUUACAUCCCUGCUCUUUCCCCUUGCGACUUCGGCGCCGCUGAAAAGCACUCCUGCGCUCUCAUUCCACCAGCUUUGCAGGUUAAUCUCAAGGAUGGUACAUCACACAACGAAUGGAUAAUUUUGAAAAUCCACUCUAUACUCAACAUCACUUAAAUGUAAUACACUUUCUGUAACCUUCAAAGCAGGCGUAUUUUGCAGGGUGACUGUUCUCCCGCCAUCUGGGAUAUUGAAACUGACAGAGAGUUCAGUCACCUAUUCAGUUGGCGUCAGUGAAAAAAUGAUUCAAGAUGGCGGACGCGAUCAGUAUACAUUUGUACCUCAAGGCUUUAGUUAAAAAAUUGUUUGCUCUACAGGCCACACUUUCUGCCUUCCACAUUUCAAAGAUUUGAUGGUACUUCUCCUGUUAUGGUUCAUAAGCCACAGAAGUCCAGUCCAACAGUUUUUUUUACUCACUUUUUUAUUUUUGUUUCGGAUAAUGUGAAGUUAAGUAGAUUUUUUUUAAAAAGAGAGAAAUCAAGGCUAUUAUGUUCUUUGUGUAGAAUGGCGAUGUUGUUGAAGAUCAGUGGAGUGUUCAGGCUAAAAAUCUUCUACAAGGUUUUGUCAAGAAAAUUAAUCUCCCAAUCAGGUUUGUAUCAAUGUUCUAUUCUUUAAAACCCUUUUAAAGAGCCUGUCUAACUAUGAUGAGCUAUUGCUGUUUUAGGUCAAUGCUGUGAAAAAGUCUCUACUUAGUACCUUAACCUAAAUACAAAAUGCUCCUGAGGAAUUAUACAGAAAAUAGCAAACAAAUUUUUAAUCAUGGAGCACUAACCACUAUUUUUUUUGGUGAUUGUUACAGGCAUAGCAUUAAAACUUGAACAAUUUGGUGUGAACGUUUUCAAGUUUAAAUCCAUGUCCGUUCUUGCCAUCCGUUGCAACAGACGACAGAAACCAGUUUCAGUGCUUAAAAUAUUCUAAAAUAUCAAAUUUGCCGCCUUAUUUUUGGGAUUAAUCCUGGGUGGGGAUGGAAAGGAUCCUGUUAUGGACUACCAUACACUGUCUCACUCCACCCAGGUGUAUAAAUUUGGGUACCAAAAGAUUUAAUCCUGGGUGGAGGUGGGAGGGAUCCUGUUAUUGACUACUAUCCCGUCCAAGGAAGACCAAAAAUAUUCCUAGUCGCUUCAUGCUAUGGAGAUAGGAAUAUGCUACGGCCAAAUGGGCUACCUGGCUCGAACGCAAACUUUACCUUCGUACCUUUUUGACUUAUUUUUGUCUCUAGUCCUCUUGAUGACCUUAUAAACCAGCUCGGAGGACCAGGAAAAGUAGCAGAAAUGACAGGCAGGGGUGGUCGCGUGGUAAAAACUGACAAGCAGCCUCAACCUCAUUACGAGGCUCGAGAAUCAGACAGCAGCAAUUUGGAUAGUUUGAAUAUUCAAGAGGUGAGCAAAGUAAUCAGAACUAAAUCUUGCGCCGUGUUCUGAAUAAAAUGGUAGAAAAUGCGAUUUACAGUCGGUAAUUACAGUCAUCAGCACAAACGUCAUCCUCGGCCAAGACCCUGGAGCAGGCAGCCAGGUCGAAAACUUUCGUCGCACGACUCGUCGCACCGUUUCUGCCGACCUGACUGACUGCCCCUGGGUCUCCGAGGGUGAACUCUGCGAUUGUCCCUUACAUUUAAAAACAGGAAUGUCGUUUCAGCGCGAGAAAGACAGCGUAGUUCUUGCUUUUGUUACUUGUUCCUUGGAUUAACUUUACAAGUGUAGUCCAACCUUGAAUUCAGGUAGCAAUCCGGUUUGCGAUCGUGGUUUCAUUCCCCAGUAUUUUUCGCUUUCGCUAUGACAACCAAGUCCGCAUUAAGCAAUUGCUUGAAGCUCAAGGAUUGUCUCUUUAAUACCACAGUUUUUAGAGAGUUGUUUGAGUAUAAUUGAACAUUAAACGUUGUGUUUUCGAUUGCAUUGUAUCACAGAGGAACAGUUUUAUGAAUGGAACAAAACUAGUUGCCAUUAUAUCUGAUGCCGCCAGCACUGGUAAGUUCCCUUUGCAUCUUGGUUCUUUUCAGGGUUCGUACAGAGUCUUGAAUUCUUGAAAUUUGCCCAGCAAUUUUCCAGACCUGAAAAAAGUCUUGAAAAUUGAGGUAAAGUCUGGAAAAUUAGUUACAAGCUUGGAGUUUUUUUCUUUUUUUCAAAGCUACAACAAAUGCUUCAUAAGUGAAUUUUUUCCCCGUGGUCAAAUCGUAUUCAAUGUCGCCCGUAUUGAAGACAUUUAAUCACAGAAUGAGAACUUUUAUAAUUCUUGUAUGUCCGCGUUGCACCGUGGUUACCGGACGUUUGCAGUGCAUCAUGAGAAAGCUUGGUUCCUGCGUUUUUCAAGGUCUCUAUUGAUCACCUAUUUGUUUUCCUUGUGUCUGGAAAAAAAGUCUAUUGUUUUAGAAAAAUUCUGGAAAAAGUAGUGAAUUUUGGAUCCAAAAAUCUGUACGAACCCUGUCUGUUGAAGUUACUUAGAUAAAACCUUGCACUUUUUAAAUUCUUUUGAUACUUGAAAAUUGAGGGCAACUGAACCUCAAGUUACUUUCACGCAAAGAAUCGCUGGCUCAGUACCUGUUAGCGUUCAAUUGAGUUGCCAUUGCUUGGAAUUUCGCGCAGAAACUCGAACUUUAGAGUGAUGUUUCUCGACUUGAAAUUCUACUCAAGCCGGUAUAAAAGAGUUUUCCUCGGGUAAAAGGAAGCGCAAUAAAUACCGUCUAUAAGUGACAAGACAAGACAAGAUAAUAUUUUAUUUGGGUCUUAUUCCACCUGGUACAUCGACUGCUUUCCAAAUAAUUUAAAAUUACAACCUUCUGUGAUAUAAUUUGUAUUAUUAAAAACUGAAUCAUUGGAUAAUGCAAUUCUAGCAUUUUGAUUGGCUUAGCCGUUAUGGUAUAUGAGCUCGCCGAUAGAUAACUGCGGCUUCUGACAUCAAGAAUAUAAAUCACAAGUAACCAGCUACAAUUACAGGCUACGCAGCCAUUCACUAGAGCAAUCGAGGCAGCAGUAUAGCUUCUUUUCUCGUUCAGCAAAACCAGCUUGUGGCUUCAAACAACUUCAUAACAAGCGACCAAGGUAAUAGUUUUCCUCCGUUGUUCUUACUUUUAUAACUGCACCGGAAAUCCAAAUUCACAGUAAUUCCGACGACUGUCACUGAAAAAUUCCUUUACUUCACAUUAUCUGCCAGGUUUUUUUAGCUGUUCUGCUGUGUAAAAUCCUAGAAUCCCGAUGAGUUUUUAAAAAACUAAUUUUCAUCGCUACAACGAUUUGAUUUUUCAUUCAUGCAGUCCAGGCGAGUCCGUUCACGCGUUGACAGUUUUGAUAGACGUGUGACAUGUGAAUAGCGGAUGUUCCUUGUCUUUUCCGGUUUGUUCUAGUCGGGGAGAUUCAACGAGAUUUUGUGGGCGUUUUUAGUAAAACAAUUAUUCCACUCGCGCUUGUUGGAUAUGAGAUGAUUAUAGCCAACUCGGCGCUACGCGCCUCGUUGGCUAUUUAUCAUCUCAUAUCCAACGCGCCCUCGUGGAAUAAUUGUUAAAUAGUCAUUGAAUUAUCCUGCACAGGUAUCUCGUUGCACGCGGAUCUCCGAGCAGCCAAUCAGUGCCGCCGUGUUCACGUGACCAUUGAGCUGCCAUGGAGUGCUGACAAAGCUGUUCAACAACUGGGAAGAUCACACCGGUCAAACCAGACAAGGUACAUGCACUGCCAAAACAUAAACAUUCCUAUCCCUUUGAUAUAAGCUAUUUUCUAGAGAAGAAGCUAGAGUUGCUCGAGGCGUACACUUCAUCCAUAUCUUAAUGGUUGCACGCUGCACGUUUACCACUUUUUAAUUGUACCUUCGCUUGAUUAGCCUUGUUGGAAGGGUAGCAUUCUGCCAAGCAGGUUUAAACCCGCCGUUCAAGCCCAACACCAACCAGGGUCUUCAAAAAACUGAUAAGAUCAUGCUGGCCGUUAUGUAAGAUCUUGUCUCAGUAUAGAUGAUCUGGUAAUCACGUCAGUAGGCGGUGAUGUUAAUCCAUUGGCCUUGUCUCUUUCACUCUUCCCUAACAAUUCGAAGGGGAGGUAAAAAGAACCCACACUGCUAUUCGUAAAGAGAGUGAGACCUAGACCUCUUUGGUGUGGUUUAUCUCUCACGUGAAGGGGCUGUCACGGGGCCGCAACACUUGGCUUCUCACUUUUACGGUUACUCUGCCAGAAAAUGGACAAUCUAGUAAAACAAGAAUAAAAUUUCUUGCGACUAAAAUUCUGAAGGCUUUCCUCGAAUAUCACUACUUCCAUUAUAGUCUGUGUACAGCAACCUCCUCCCCUUGCGAAAAAACUGGGAAAGGGGAGUGGGUGGCUGUACACAGGGUACUCUCAUGAUCACUUUUCCUUCGCCAAAAUCCCCUUUGUACCAUGGGAGUCAGAAGAGGGAGAUAUUACGUGAUAAUGUCCACCGUCUAAUUGGCACGCUCGGGAGCUCCCCUUUUUGCUCUAAAUUUGACUUUGUUUUAAUAUCUGGCUCUGAGAGUUUUACUCUAAUGUUUUCUUUGUUUUUUUUUUUUUUAGUGGACCAAUCUAUAAACUUGUAACAACAAACUUGGGUGGUGAAAGAAGAUUUGCUGCGGCUGUGGCUCGACGGCUUCAGUCGUUAGGUAAUGUUUAAAUUAAUGUUUGUCAAACUCGGAAAAUCGUUAACACCAGACGUAUUCUGAAUUAUUCUCACGGAGUUCCAAGGAAAAGUACUCGCAAUAGGAGUCGAACCUUUUACCGCCUGGUUACUAGUCCAGAUGCACUACCACUAAGAUAUUCUUCUAGCACUAGUUCUAGACAUUCUAGCAGUAUAAUCAGUGUGAACAACCUGCAUGUAAUACUGCUAGAGUGUCUCCAACUAGUCCUAGCAGAAUAUCUAGUACAUUCUAGUCCUAGCAGUAUGCUGGAUGUUUGUCACGUAACCCUAGGUUAGUGGACUUAGCUCUCACGAGUUUCCUUUAGUACAGUGGUCCAGCAUCUGGACUAGUAACCAGGACAUAGGUUCUCUUUUGGUUUCCUAUCCAAGAACAUCAAUCCAUUCAACUAGACAGCCAUGACAGAGCGCCUUUAAGUUUUUGUUUUGUUUUCCCGCAGGUGCACUUACCUAAGGUGACAGACGAGCAGCGACUGGGGCCGACUUAACGCAGUUUAAUUUUGACACGCCUUACGGCCGAUCUGCACUCAGGAACAUGUACCAAGCCAUUUCUUUGGUAUGUCAAUAGCCUGUUUCAGGAUAAAAGAUAAUAGCGCAGUCCUGCAGUAAAAAGUGAUGCGAAAAAUGCGCGGGGGCUAGGGAAAGAGGUGGCGGUUGGGCGGUGUCUCUCCUAUUUUUCCCGCCAUCGCCCCUUUCCCCAGAUCCCGCGCGUCUUGUUUUCGCGACGUCUCUACUAUCUGAGAGCCUGACACAAGCUAUACCGAAAAAUCCCAUUAUAUACGCUCAGGGCUUUAACGUGGGAUUUUACGGUACCGGUAUGUCAGAAUUGGUCACGAAUUAGAACUAUGUGUGCUUGUUGCUUGUGUCAUCCACGAGAAAACGUUUUUUAUUUGAACGAGGAACUUUUUUGCCUUUUUUUUUCAGCAAUCCAUUUGUCCUGGAGUUGCUUUGUCUAAGGUUCUGUUAGCAGCACAAAUUCCCGACAAGCAUGAAUUCACAGACUUUAACUCCAUCGCAAGGGUGAGUUUUACUUCGUUGGUCGCGAACGUGGUUAAAAUUCUUGUUUAAUUUCUCUCCUUAAAAGUGCAUUUGGAAACAAAAGUUAUGACGUCAGAGACAAUUUGAUAUGGCAGUUAAGCAGCGAUAUUGCUUCAUAAAAAUUUUGGGCAGCACGUGGGAAUGAAUAAAGGAAAAACGCCAUUUUGUAAUAACAUAUAAUGCGAUCAGCAAAAAAUGACUUGAUGGGAAAAAUUAGAGAGACCUUGAAUAAUGGCAACUCAAUACCCCAACAGCUAUUUUGUAACCACCAACAAUUUCUGCAGCUUUAGGAAACCUUUGUGGAAACAGGAGAUACAUUAGUAGCCUGUUUAUAAUAAUAAUAAGCAUUUGGAAAAAUGUAAGCUCCUUGUUUGUCUUGUCCCAUCGCGUUUCUUGCUUCUCAGCAUGGCGUAUUUGUACCACGUGACUAAAGUACUACAAAGCGCCCAUUUCGUUCGGUAGUCUAGCCCGCGCCAUAGACGAAACUAAACUCUGGUUAAGUCUGUCUACAAAAAAGCGCCGAAAUCCUUGUUCUGGGCCCCACCUGUGUACCAGGAUUUGACUACGCGCCAUGAUUGGCCUUUUAAAAGUGCCAUUGUCCAUUUGCCAAUCAGGUUGAAAAGAAACUGGAAACGCACUUCUGGCCAAACGCUUAUUCCGUUGUGGGCCCAGAACAAGGAUCUCGGCGCUGUUUCGCAGACAUUACCUGGAAUUGCCUCUCAAAAAUAUGAAAAAAUCAAAUCGGCAAGUUUAAAUUUACGCAACUCAGCAUAAAAGCGACUCGAGCAUAGGAGGAUUUGAAGAUUUUAGUCCAGCAUAGGGUAGAAAACUUCAGCUGCACUAGCUUUAGUAUAGGCUAAGGGUUACAGGGUCCCGGCGGCACAUCCCCGCCCAAAAAAUCCUGAAAAAGUACGCCCCCUCCCCCGGGGGGGGUUAGAUUACAUAUGCGACCAGGGCUGUCAUUAAGAGCCGGGGGCCGGGGAUUUCCCCCGGCUACUAUGAGUGUGGCCCCCGCCUACUUUUUAUGGAAAAUAAAGGGAAAUUAGAACCAAUAGAAACCCCUAGGUGUUUGAUUCCCCACCUACUUGUUGUAUUUACCCAACAACUCGAAAUCUUA